AUGUAUAAACUGGAACGUCAUAAACAUUGCAAGAUUAGUGAUCGGUUAAAUGACGGGCGAUGUAAUUGGAACUGGAAAGAAAUACCAACAACUACGGAGCAACUACGUGAGCUUCAUAUGCUCACUAAUGGAGUCAAUACGUUUCAGUUAGUGGCUCAAAGCGACAGAUGGGUGUGUAAUUUGUCGAGUGACGGAUUAUUCUAUGUAAAUGUUCUUAGAACACAGAUCGACUGGAGAAACAUGAUGCCAAGGGAAGUAUCGAUAAAGUGGACUCAUGAAGUCCCUGUGAAGAUCAACUGUUUCAUAUGGAGGGCAAAGUUUGAUCGACUCCCAACGGCACAUGCGCUAACUAGAAGGGGAAUCCAACUCAUGUCCGCCUUAUGCCCCUACUGUGAGUUGGAAGAGCAGGAUACGACACACGCGCUAUUCCAGUGUCCAUUGGCAUCAAAGGUAUGGGAAUAUGUAGGUCAUUGGUGCAACAUUCCUCAUCUCCAUUUUCAGAGUGCUGAGGAAAUGGUGAAAUAUCUAGGUGUGAUUGGAUCUUUAAAAAACAAAGAACAACACCACCCAGACUAG